UGCCAUAGAUCGUAAAGUGCUAAUGUUGCACUCUACGAUAAAAUUACCGGAUACGUUGGUGUGUUGCAAAUCUUGAGAAACGAUUAGUGCCUUGCGUGAAUACGAGCGUUAAUCGAAAGAGGCUUUCAAAUCGUUAACGUAGCGCGUUUAAUAUUGUUAUAAAAUUUCCAUAUUAAACAGCGCUUGGUUAUAGCCACAAUUGUUCGAAUUCAAUGUCAGAAUGUUAUCAGACUUCGAAUGAAUGAGUGGUUAAGAAGAAAACUCGGGUUUCGCAAGUGUCAGCACUAUACAUGCGCUAGUGUUUAUGAGCUUUACCGGGUCGUUAAAAUCGAAAAGAUCUCAGAUGGCUGACGCGAAAGAAAACAAAGAAGUUUACUCCAAAAAGAGGGAAACUGACUGGAUACGAGUGCUGUUUCAUCUCCAAAUUAAUGUAUCUGCACUGAUUUCCUUGGGAUAUAUUUUUCUAUAUGGUUGCAUGUGGCGAACAUUAAUCUUCAGUUUAGUAUUACUUGCAUUGGGUGUAUUAGGAGUAACUGCUGGAUCUCACAGAUUGUGGGCUCACGGUUCGUAUAAAGCAAAGACAGGGCUUAGGAUAUUUUUAAUGCUUUGUCAAACACUCAUUGGUCAUGGUUCAAUAUAUGACUGGGUAAAAUGGCACCGACUCCAUCACAAGUAUUACGAGACUGACUUGGACCCAUAUAAUCCAAGCAGGGGAUUUUUUUAUGCUCACAUACUCAGUACGACUUUAAAGCUGAGCCCCGCCCAAGAGAAAGCUUUAGAGGAAAUUGAUAUGAGUGAUUUAGAAAAUGAUAAAGUUGUUAUGUUUCAGAAAAGGUGGUAUAAAGUGUUAUUCAUUGUGGUAGCUUUGUUGUUGCCAAUAAAUGCACCGGCAGAAUAUUGGGGUGAAAAUUUAUACGCAUCUACAUUCAUUGCCGGUUGGUUAAGAUAUACUCUAGGUAUCCAAAUCAGUUGGUUAAUUCAUAGUGCCAGUAGGAUAUGGGGCUUGAAGAAAGGAGAAAAGUUCCCAGCAGAUACAAAUCUAGUUUUUCUCAUAACGAAGAGUUACUGGUUAUCGUACCACCAUCUUGCCCCAUGGGAUUAUCAAACGAGUGAAUUUGGAAAAUACGGGACGGACUGUCCUUCGAAAUUUAUCAGGGUCUGCGCCGCGCUGGGAUAUGCCAGCGACUUAAAAUUAGUGGACAGUCGUACAGUUCGAGCUUCUUUGAUCAAAUCGGUUCUCGAAAAUAAACCUAUUACUGAUUGUCUUUUGGAGUUAUCAGAGAAAGAAAGUUUGCCUCAGGAACAUUAUUUAACCCCGGACAAAUAUUAUUAGAUCGUAUUAUUAAUUAUAUGAAUUAUGUCGUUUCUUUUCAGUAAUACAUCGCAAUUAAACGAGGUGUUUUCUUAUUAUCGGCGUAUUGAAGACACUUUCAUGAUUUUUUUAAAUAAAACUUGAAAUAGGCUAGCAAAAUAUAUCUAGAAAGCAACAUGAUCUAACCUAGCCGCUCUCAUUAAAAAGCUGAGGAGACUAGACAGUUGUACAGGCCGUAAGUGACUGAAUUAGUAUUCAACAACUUGCUGGUAAACAUGCAUAGGUGAAUAUUCAAAGUACAUAGUGGUAGUAAUAAAACAGCUGAGAAAGUAAUCGGUUAGUUAAUAGCAAGCAAAUACGCUAAGUCAAAAUUUGUUGCAGAAAGGGAUUAUGACCCAUGAACCAUAAAUAAAGAGU